AUGGAGCCAGAGCACUGGGCUUCAAAGGCAGCCGUCACGGAAAAGGCGGAAUCUCCCCUAAUCGAGACUUCAAUGAUAUCUCCUACUCUGAGCCUCUCGAGCCGCACCAGCGGAUCAACUGUGUCUUCAAGCGCAUCGACCGGAGGUAACUACCGACUAGUCGCGUCUCAAGACCUUUACAAAAUGAAGGGACAGUCGCGUCAUAGAAAACCUCACGUUACUCGCCAUCAAAAUUCUCAGCCCAGGCCGAAAGAGAUGCACGUGGACACAUCCUAUCCUGUAGAGCACGAGCAGGAUAAUAUGAGCGCCGGACAAGCAGUGUUGCGUGCCUCAAGCAAUUCCAACGAAUUUGCAGUGGCUUCUACAGCGCAAAGCGUACUUGCAAUGUCUCCAGGUGGAUGGGAUGUUGAGACGGAGUCAGUCCAAUCAAGUCAGGGAAUCCGAGAGAACGAUGGAAAUAAAUGUCGUUUUUACGCCGAUAGGAAGGAUGUCGAAAAGCCCAACUCGCCCUGUUAA